AUGUCUACCUACGCUCUGUCCCAGGCUCAUCGCGAGCAAAUGGAGAAGUCCCUCGUUGACUCUGAUCCCGAGAUCGCUGAGAUCAUGGAGAAAGAGAUCAAGCGCCAAAGGGAGUCCAUCCUGCUCAUUGCCUCUGAGAAUGUGACCUCACGAGCUGUCUUUGACGCUCUGGGCUCCCCCAUGUCGAACAAGUACUCCGAGGGAUACCCCGGAGCCCGCUACUACGGCGGCAACCAGCAUAUCGACGAGCUCGAGCUGACCUGCCAGCGAAGAGCCCUCAAGGCUUUCAACCUCGACCCUGAGAAAUGGGGCGUCAAUGUCCAGUGCCUUAGUGGAAGCCCUGCCAACUUGCAGGUCUACCAGGCUUUGAUGAGACCCCAUGACAGACUUAUGGGCUUGGACUUGCCCCACGGUGGCCAUCUGAGUCACGGUUACCAGACUCCCGCUAAGAAGAUCUCUGCUGUCUCUACCUACUUUGAGACCUUCCCGUACCAGGUCAACCUUGAGACUGGUAUCAUUGACUAUGACCUCCUCGAGUCCAAUGCUAAGCUCUACAGACCAAAGUGUCUUGUUGCUGGUACCUCUGCCUACUGCCGCCUCAUCGACUACGCUAGAAUGAGAAAGAUUGCCGAUGCUGUCGGUGCUUAUCUCAUUGUCGACAUGGCCCACAUCUCCGGUCUCAUUGCUGCUGGUGUUAUUCCAUCUCCAUUUGAGCACGCUGAUGUUGUCACUACUACGACCCACAAGUCUCUCCGUGGACCUCGUGGAGCCAUGAUCUUCUUCCGCAAGGGAGUCAGAAGCACUGACAAGUCCGGAAAGGAGAUCAUGUACGACCUCGAGAACCCAAUCAACUUCUCCGUCUUCCCCGGCCACCAAGGUGGUCCUCACAACCACACCAUCACUGCUUUGGCCGUUGCCCUCAAGCAGGUUGAUACCCCCGAGUUCAAGCAGUACCAGGAACUAGUCCUGAAGAACGCCAAGGCCGUCGAGGAGGAGCUCAAGAAGCUCGGCCACACUCUCGUCGCCAAUGGAACCGACAGCCACAUGGUCCUCCUCGACCUGCGGCCCAGAGGUCUUGACGGUGCUCGUGUCGAGGCUGUCCUCGAGCAGAUCAACAUCACCUGCAACAAGAACUCCAUCCCCGGAGACAAGUCUGCCUUGACCCCCUGUGGUCUCAGAAUCGGUGCUCCAGCCAUGACUUCUCGUGGUAUGGGCGAGGAAGACUUCAAGCGCAUCACCCGCUACAUCGACACCGCCAUCAACAUCUGCAAGGAUGUCCAGAGCAAGUUGCCCAAGGAGGCCAACAAGCUCAAGGACUUCAAGGCCAAGGUUGCCGAUGACUCGGUCAAGGAGAUCGUUGAGCUCAGAAAGGAAAUUGCCGAAUGGGCCAGCACUUUCCCUCUCCCAGUCUAA